AUGUACCACAGCCAACUCGCCAUGGGCGCCGAAAUGGCCGACGCUGACGGUUGGCAGCUGCCCCUGCACUAUGGGCAUCCUUCGCGAGAGGAUGAAUGGCUCCGUGAAACAGUGGGUGUGUCCGACGUGAGCCCCAUAGGGAAAGUGCGGGUUGUGGGACACGCAGCCAGCCGAGCUGUGGCCACUCUGGUGCCCCCGGCUAUAGAGCAGAGUGUUGGCGCGGUGGUCGAGGCAGACUCCACUCUGGAGCGCGGUGGGAAGCUGCUCUCCGUCAGGCUGGCUCACGACGAGUUCCUCGUCCUGACCCCGGCCGGUGUGGCACCGUCGGCCGUGGACGCGAUGGUUCUCAACGACCCGGCUUGCUCCCACGUUCUCGACGUAACAUCAGGCCUUUGCGGGGUGGCCAUCGUUGGUCCUUCCACGCAGGAACUGAUGAGCCGCAUCACCGAAAUCGACACAUCCUCCCGCGCCCAUCCUGAUCUUGCCUGUGUCCAGUCGCGCUUCGCCGACGUCCAGGGCCUGCUUUUGCGCCGCGACGUCAACGGCGUUCCCAUGUACCAGCUAUACGCCGGCCGCGAGUUCGGCGAAUACCUGUGGGAGGUCCUCGUCGAAACCGCUCAGGAGGUCGGCGGUGGCGCCGUCGGCACCCAAGCGUUGUUGGGAUUGAGGGGAUCGGGUCAGGAGCAAAGCGUCUAG